UGGAAACAUUUGACGGAUGCAAAAGUAUGUUGAUAAUAAUUUAGGCUGUUAAUAUCAAUUUCGGGUCGACCCUGCCCUGCUUCAGGCUUAAGCAUUUGCGUAUUAAGGUCAGCUCGAAGGUACAAUCCCCGGAGCUCAAUUUAAACACACCACAAAGACCACGCUUCCACGCUCUUUGGUAAAUUUUGCCGCGCAAUUCAUCUGGACAGUGGUGUUUGAGUUUCAGGAAGUACUAGGGCGAGAAGUUAACAAUGUUGCCACAAGGGAUUAAGAAAGCCGUGACGGAUAAUCCAAAGAAACUAGCCAACUUGAUUGACCUGGUGAAUCUUCCUUCAACACUGAGAGAGUUUGUGGGUCAGUCUCAGAUUUCCCGUCUUGGAUGUUUCGUGCGUGUCUGGUCGUACAUCAAGGACAACAAUCUCCAGGAUCCAAACAACAAGAAUGUGGUCAACUGUGAUGAGAAGUUGAAGAGUAUUUUGUUGGGAAAGCCUCAAGUUGAGUUAGCUGAGCUUCCUGCAUUGAUCAAGCUCCAUUUCCCCAAAGAGGUUAAAUAACUUCUGCAAUCCAAGUUGAGGUGCUUCUUUUCCCCUCACGUUAAUCUUAUUGCUUUUUUUUUUUUAUCAGAAGUAUUUAUACUAUUUCUAGGUACUUAAGAUUGUAAGAAACUAGUUUAUGAGUACUUGAAGUCUAAGUCACCAGGUGUAAUUUAUGUUUCAUUUAAAAAUCCAACCCUUUCAGUUGCUAUAUAAUAUGAUUAUGUAAGAUCA